AUGGGACGUGAGGAGCAUGGAAGGACUUGGUGCAUGGACGCAGCUCAACUGGAUACGCAAAGGAAGAAGGAGGAAGCCAUCUUGAAGACCAGCUCGACCACCUACUCGACCAACCGGUCGAGUUCCUCAACUCGACCGGCCAAGCUUCAACUCGAUCGAGCUGAGAAGUCAAAGUCAAACCCGAAAAAUGUGUAUGCGAACUCGAUCGAGUCGGUCUACAGAAGACUUGGUCGAGCUAGACUACAACGGGUAGAAAGAGGUUCAGAGGUCACAGAGGGUACAAGAGGAACCUGA